AUGGAGAGCAGCAGCGGCUUUGGUCCCAAAGUAGCCAUCCCUCAGCUCAAGCGGCCUAAUCAGCAGACUGUUUUUUCGAAGUCUCCCCGUAUUAGUUCCGAGAGAGUCAGUCAGGCAUUGCUUUUCGUGGACAUAUUGUGCGAGCUGACAUGUGUAGAACUGAAAUGCUCUGGCACGAGACCGCGCUGCACCAACUGCACGAAGUAUGACGAGGAUUGCAUCUAUCAUCUGUCACGCCGAGACCGGCUAAGAGAGGCCGCUCACAAGAUUGAAGUUCUCUCUACACUGCUCAAGGACAUCCGUGGCGCCCUCAAUGACGAGAAUGCAAAAAGAAUUGAUGAUGUACUCAAAGAAUUUGAAGAUGACACGCCUCCACUACCGCCAUCCGUACACACCAAGUCAUGGAAUAAACGGUUAAGGCCGUCAUCGCCUAAUGAAGCGGAUUGCGAUAGGCAAGCACUUAACAAGGCUCACGUUUCAUCAUCAGUGGACUCUAACAAGGAUCUUAAUUUCCUAGAAGAAGAUGUCCUGGAAAACCUCAGACCAAUUGAGGCAAACUACAUGGGUUGCAACUCCCAGAUCGCAUGGAUGACGACUUUGCAACGAAGUCAGGAUCAGUCUGGACGCGGGCCGUCCUAG